AUGCCCUACAUCUUGCACAAUAUAGUGAGGUUUUACAGCAGAUUUUGGUUUUAUUGUGAUUACUGUGACACGUACCUCACCCAUGACUCGCCCUCCGUGAGGAAAACCCACUGCAGUGGCCGAAAACACAAGGAGAAUGUGAAGGAUUAUUACCAGAAAUGGAUGGAGGAGCAAGCUCAGAGCCUGAUUGACAAAACAACGGCUGCAUUCCAGCAAGGCAAAAUCCCACCGACGCCGUUCUCGGCACCACCCCCUGCAGGAGCCAUGAUCCCACCUCCUCCCAGCAUCCCUGGACCCCCCAGGCCUGGCAUGAUGCCAGCCCCUCACAUGGGGGGGCCACCAAUGAUGCCAAUGAUGGGCCCACCUCCACCAGGAAUGAUGCCAGUUGGUCCUGCCCCAGGGAUGAGACCCCCGAUGGGAGGACACAUGCCAAUGAUGCCAGGGCCACCAAUGAUGAGACCACCCUCCAGACCCAUGAUGGUGCCAACCAGGCCAGGAAUGACCCGUCCAGACAGAUAAAGGUGGAAAUGAAGCUGCCUUUU